UCCGAUCCCUCGGCGGGCCGCGAGCAGCAGCGGCAGCGAUGGAGCCGGAGGGCGUGCGGCACCGGACGGUGGAGGUGGCGCCCGGGGUGCGGCUGCACGUGGCGGAAGCUGGGCCCGAGGACGGCCCGGCGGUGCUGCUCGUUCACGGCUUCCCGGACCUCUGGUACGGCUGGCGCCACCAGAUGGCCGCCCUGGCGGCUCGGGGCUUCCGCGCCGUCGCGCCCGACCUGCGCGGCUACGGCGACUCCGACGUCCCGCCCGCCAAGGACUCCUACACCACCUUCCACCUCGUCGGCGACCUCGUCGCCCUCAUCGCCGACCUCGGCCAGCCCCAGGUGUUCGUGGCGGGGCACGACUGGGGCGCCAACGUGGCGUGGCAGCUCUGCCUGCUCCGGCCAGACCUGGUGCGGGCGCUCGUCAGCCUCAGCGUGGUGUACCACCCGCGUCGGUCCGAAGGGACUACACUCCAGGCCAUCAAGGCCUUUUGCGGGGAAGACCACUACAUGUGCCGCUUCCAGGACCCUGGAAUUGCUGAAGCUGAAUUUGCUCUAUACGACCAUAAGCAUAAGUUUAAGACGAUCUUUGGAAUGCGCAAACCAGAUCCUAUUAUUCUAUCCAAGGGCAGGACCUUCUUUGAGUCGCUUGAUUCGGAUGGCACUCUCCCUGCAUGGUUGUCUGAAGAAGAUAUUUCCUACUACUCUGACAAAUUUGAGAAGACAGGGUUUACAGGAGCGCUAAACUUCUACAGAUGUAUGGACUUGAACUGGGAGCUUUCUGCAGCAUGGACUGGAGCCCCAAUAAAAGUAGCGACCAAGUUCAUGGUUGGGGACCUCGACGCCUUAUACAACACACCAGGGGUGAAAGAAUACAUCCACAAGGGCGGCUUCAAGGCGAACGUGCCGAAUCUGGAGGAUGUGGUUAUCUUGGAAGGAGUGGGGCACUUCCUGAACCAGGAGAAGCCUGCUGAGGUUUCAGAACACAUUUGCGAGUUCUUUAGCAAGUUCUGAUGAUAAAAGCACAGUCGCGGGAAGCCUAAUUUAGUUACUCCAAGAAGGGAUGAUAUUGCUAAACAGUUAUACUUAUGGAUAAACUCUAGCUCUCUUACUCGUCUUCUCAAGGCAGGCACUAUGUAACAUUUGUUUUUGGGGGGCAAUUUCCUAGCGGCACUUUUAGAAAGUGCCUGGAAAAAUAUAUUCAGAGGCACCUGUAAAAUUUUGACUUUUAGUGGCACUUUCUAAUAAUGCCUGCAAUAAUAUGAUUUUUAGAG